CAGGAACUUGUGUAGCAUGUUUAGAUUUAUUUCUCCGGGAUUCACCCAGUACCUGUAUUAAAUUUUGAACCUUCUCGCUUAGUCCGCCCAACAAGAGCUUGUGAGGACAGAAAAGACUCAUGGCGUCUGAAUCUGACACUGAGCCGGUGAUGGUGGGGGCUCCAAUGAAGAAGGACCAUGAUGCCCGUAUUGCCGUCAAGGCGCCCGCUGCUUCCAAGCCAAGUCCGUUCCAUUCAGUUUUCCAGGUUCGUGCCGGUUGUGUGAAGUGCCGCAGCCAAUCGUUGGGAACUUGCUUUCUCCUGUCGACGUUGAACGAGGGCAACAAGUCGUGUAGUGAAUACUACGUCUUUGCAACGGCCGCACACGUGACGUUCUGCAGAAACUGCAAAGACUACAUGUGGGUGGAGAUCUUAGAUAACGCAAACACGGGAAAGACCAUUACGGUGAAUAAGAUUACAAAGAAAAACGCAUAUGGCUGGAUUAAAAUCUGCGGUUCCUACCCCUCUCAUUGCGAGAGCGACGAUCAAUUCGCCUACGAUUACAGUGUGAUUGCAGCUAGCAAGAUGUAUUGCAAGCAGCCACUGCGUGAUUGGAGGACGGCAUACAUGCUGGGACCACAUAACCUCGAUGACAAAGGUUACGUGUCAGGAUACCCCGGUUUCACGUAUUAUCAUGGCAAAAAGGAGACGGCGAAGAGGUGUCAAUACUGGGUGCCCACACCUUGCAAAGUGCAGAGAACCUCUCACGCCAAUAUACUGCGCCACUUCGUGGACACUAGUCCCGGCCAAAGCGGCGGACCCCUGUUCGCUAUGGCCAGCAGCGAUGCCGCAUUACCGGCAGGCUUGCUAGGCAUUCACGUUGCCGGGCGUGAGUACGAGUAUAACACGGCCGUCACGUUGGGAAGCAACGCACCGCCCUUGCGAGACAUGGUGUCCUGGCUGGAUCGGCCUCCCACAGCAUCAACCCCGGAUGUACUCGUUGAAGAUGACGACGUCGAGUACGAAGAUGAGCCGGAGGGAGCACCGUGGCUGAUGUCGGCCUCACAGGCUGGAACCAUGGACGCGGAUGCUGAGCCGCAACUGCUACCAGACUCCCAAGACUCGCGACCGGCAAAGAAACAGGAGAGGAUUCCAGAGCCGCAGAAACAGAAUUCGAAUGGUGGUCCGCAGUUGCCUCGUCAAGUGACGAGCUGUGCCGAGUGCUGUGCUGAGUGCUGUGCGGAAUGCAGAUCUAUGGCUACGCCAUCCGCUGCAAAGAAAGGAGGAAGUCGCCAAGGCUAUGGGCAGAAGCAAAAACAACAAGCAGGCAGCAGCGAUUGUUGCGUGAUCUUAUAACCUGUUCGAUUUGAUCAGGUACAUUUUUAUCUCACUGUAGAAUUUCGCUAUUUGAAAAGAUUUUUUGUUGUUCUCUUUGUAC